UUUUUUUUGCCUCUUGCCUUUUGCAUCAUCAGUAGCUUCUAGUCAUGUUUGGUGUGUUGACUUAGCAUAAAUGCUAAGUCUGGCAUUCCCAAGGUGCUUUUUGCUAACAGUCUUGAUCCACGGAGGUGAUGGAACCGAUUGGGGAUUAAUUCUCAGCGAGUGAUUGUCCUCCCAUGCUGUUCUGGAAGUUUCACUUUUACUGUGAUUACCCUUCUUCCAGUGACUGGUCCAUUGCUCACUAUUUUGGCAUCCUGAUGUCAAAAGUGUCAGGGGCUCUCACUUCUGCAGCUGAGCUCUGGAGGACCAUUUAUUUCUGUGCUUUUGCUGCUGUUGGUUAAAUUUAGCACAUAUAUCAGAGGCCAGUACAUAUUUGAGUGCCUACUAUGUGCAUUGCUAGAAGCUCUAGGGAGAUCAGAAAAAUAUUGGGAUUCCUUUUCUUGCUUAUGAUCUCAUGAGAGAGGAUAUACACACGAGAGAGGCAACCAGAUAUCAAGGGAACGGGUCCACUGCUAAAGCUAGCUAUGAUGUAAGCCUGCUGGAGAAAUUUGGAGAAAGGGUCAGAGCUCAGAACUGAGGUCUAAAAAGCAGUAUUAGUCAUCUUAAAUCCCUCCAAGGAUUUUCCUUUGUGUUGUGGAUAACCAUGGCCUCCUUCAACAACAACAAAGUCUUAAGUUGGCUCAACCAUGAUAUUGACCCAGUGUAGCAGUUCUUUGUUAAAGGGAUAUCCUAUAGCUUUCCUAAUCUUUGCUUAUAGUUAAGACUUGAUGAGUCUGAGAAGCAAUUGAGAAUUCAGUAUGGUGCAUCGCGCGGCACUGUGAAACUACUAGCUUUGGGGUCACAGUUGCUAGGAUAUUUAGUUAAGCCGAGUCCACUUCUGGAGGAACAAUUUAAUUUUUUUAAUUAACUGUUGAGGUUGUUUGGGCAAAUCAGGACAAAUGCCAGAAAUAGUCCAAGGACAUCCUUUGCUGCACUUUAGGUAAAUGCCUCUGGUUACCAUCUGUACAAAUUCAACUUUCUCUAAGGAGCAGAAUCAACUGCUAUAAAUUUCAGUUAGCCACCCUAGGGUGCUCACUGGUCAUGCACUGAGAGCGCUGAUGAAUAAUAUAGUGGUAAGCAGCAGGGCUGGGGGAGGAGGAGGAGUGUGGAAAAGGACAAAGAGUUGAAUAAUUUCCUCUUACGUAACAGCCAAGUAUAAUUUUUAAGUUUCUAAACUUAUCUGGGAAGCUCAGGAUCUGGCUGUUUUGUCUUGCUAGUUUUUCUGUGUCAGUGGAAAUUAGUUCUUUAGUAUGACUCACCACUGUCGUGGUUAUGACGAAGGAUACCAUUAAGUUGAAUCAGAUUAUUUGGUUUCUGACCACUGAUCCUUUUGAGGGCCGGAGGAGCUAUUUACUUCCCUGAAGUGUAGAAGUCCAGUGUGAGUGCAAGGUUUCUGAAGUUAAGCCGUGACGAGAGUAUAUACAGUUAAUGAUCAAGUGUCUCUGAUUUCUAGGAUUUGUACUGUGUUCGCAGUGACCUGGGGAACCUGCUCAAAGCCCUGGGUCGCUUGGAAGAAGCCAAGGUAGGUGUUCCGUAGAAUGCAUUUACACAUCAGUGUUUUGAAAAUCUGAUUCAAAUCUUCAUUGAGUUAUCUUCACAACCAGUCCUGAGAAACUGAGGAAAAACUGACAGCAUGAAUCGCCUCAGUCUAGAGCAAGGCCAGGCUUUGGUGCUCCUGCUCUAAAAGUAGGGGUAAAGCAAGGACCUGCACAUUGUGGAGCCCUUCCGCUGAGCUAGAUCACCCUAGAUCACUGGGCUCCGGCACGAUCUUAUCUGGGAAUAAAUAGCAUUCCUUCAAAUGGGAGGUUUGCCUGCUGGUGACAAGCAGCGGCGCCAUUGAAAAUGCUGCUCUUCUAAGUCCUUUGUGGCUUGUAAGUGGAGAAGAAAGUCAUCAGAAUGUUACCCUGUAAUACUGGCAUUUAAACUUUUUAUUCUUUAACCUUCCUCCCCUCAUCCCUGUCCCCUCCCCCCUUUUUACAGUGGAAGAAAGGCUGGUUAAUGAUCACAAAUUCCAUGAUUGGCGCUUCCCCACCCCCUCCUCCCCAUCCUGUCCUCUCUUUCCAGCUCCUCCCUUCCCCUCCCUCCCCCCUCCUUCCUUCCGGUUCCCCCCCUUCCUUGCAGUUUCCUUUAGUCUUCUCCCUCCCUUAUUUCCUUCUCUUUCCCUGCCUUGCUCCCUUGAAAACAAAACAAAACAUCCAAGGGCAGAAGGACAAAGCUGGUUUGUUUGGGAAAUGGACUGAUCGAAAGAAAACUUGCUAAAGUGGAAAGGUGGCUUUUAGCAGUCUUUUGUUUCCAAAUGAUGAGAAUUUGAAUAUCAGGUUGGGUUUGAAAGCUUUCGGCCUAAUUGAAACCUUAAAUUACAAACUGAAAUUGUCUUGUUACAAGCCACCUUACGCAAUCGCGCUGCAGGGGUGAGGAGUGGGGAGAAACCAGAGAGCCUCUGAACCUCCCACCUGUUGCUCUGAGCCCCACGCGCAUGCUGAUGCGUGGAGUGUAUGCGCAGCGUAGCUGUCUGUUUGAUCACCUCAUGGUAGGGAGAGCGAAGGCUUUUCGGCACCACGUGAUGGGAAAAAGCCCUGAUGUGUUUUUUUUGUUGUUGUUGUUUUUUUGGUUUUCUUUUUGUUUUUGUUUUUGUUUUUUUGCAAAGUGCAGAGUUCAUAAAUUCAUUGCACUGGCCAUUUGGAUCAACCCGCAUAGGUUUCCACCCUAUGAAUUCCAUCCGAUUGAUUGAAAACGAGCUGAAAAGAUGCCUCGUUGGCGAUUUCCUUAGGAAAUAGAUCUUCCAGGCCCGGUUCAUUUUCAUCCCACCAAGCGGACAGCUAACACGAAUUGCACUUCACUGCAGCUUUAGAGACCGGUUUAGGCUGAGACACUGCGCCUGCCUUAGGUUGCUGACUUCUUUAUUUCAGAGCUCUGGAGACACCUAGUUUGAAAAGCGUUAUACUGGUUUUGUGAGAACUUAGUAAACAAGACACCUAUGGAGUGAAAUGCAACGUAUUUCUUUUGCAAUCAGUGCAUUUAAAAAUUCAAGCCAGCAAAUUCUUAGCAGCUAGAAGCAAAUUUGUUUUACAGCAAUCUCAGAGCCUUUCUUCCAGCAAAGUCCCUGCUGUAUGCAAUAGUCCUGAGUAUAACCCUCUCCCUUCUGCAUGACUCCCAUGUUACAGACUGAGACUGUCCUCAUUCCCAUAUGUUAUAGACAUAUCCAAAGAAUUUCAAUUGCUUUGUUGAACUUUUACUAAUGAUCUUGUUUUAUUUUCUCUCUUGUUUUUGGUUUUUCACCAUUGAUAUUGUAUUUAGAAGGUUUCAGGUGGGUGAAACCUCCUAUUCCAUGCGUAAGGUGCCUCGCUGAAGGGAGCUCGAGGCCUGGAUCUAGGGCAGACACACACCUCCUCCUCCUCUUCCAGCAAGGAACGCACCGAAAAGUCACAUGAUGAGAAAUAUGGCAUGUUACUUGAAAGCAAUUGAGACGCAACCAAACUUUGCUGUAGCUUGGAGUAAUCUUGGCUGUGUUUUUAAUGCCCAAGGAGAGAUUUGGCUUGCAAUUCAUCAUUUUGAAAAGGCUGUGACCCUUGAUCCCAAUUUUCUCGAUGCCUAUAUCAAUUUGGGAAAUGUCCUAAAGGAGGCACGUAUAUUUGACAGAGCUGUAGCAGCUUACCUUCGAGCCCUGAGCCUGAGUCCUAAUCAUGCAGUGGUGCAUGGCAACUUGGCGUGUGUAUACUAUGAACAAGGCCUCAUAGACCUUGCAAUAGACACCUACAGGCGUGCUAUUGAGCUACAACCUCAUUUUCCAGAUGCUUACUGCAACCUAGCCAAUGCUUUGAAAGAGAAGGGCAGUGUUGCUGAGGCAGAGGAUUGUUAUAAUACAGCUCUCCGGCUUUGUCCCACCCAUGCAGACUCUCUAAAUAACUUGGCCAACAUUAAACGGGAACAGGGGAACAUUGAAGAAGCAGUCCGCCUGUAUCGUAAAGCGCUUGAAGUGUUCCCUGAAUUUGCUGCUGCCCAUUCAAAUUUAGCCAGUGUAUUACAACAACAGGGAAAAUUGCAGGAAGCCCUGAUGCAUUAUAAGGAAGCGAUUAGGAUCAGCCCUACCUUUGCCGAUGCUUAUUCCAACAUGGGAAACACUUUGAAGGAGAUGCAGGAUGUUCAGGGGGCCUUGCAGUGUUACACCCGAGCCAUCCAGAUUAACCCAGCUUUUGCAGAUGCACACAGCAAUCUGGCUUCCAUUCACAAGGAUUCAGGUAACAUUCCAGAAGCAAUCGCUUCUUACCGAACUGCUCUGAAACUAAAGCCUGACUUUCCUGAUGCUUACUGUAACUUGGCCCAUUGCCUGCAGAUUGUUUGUGAUUGGACUGACUAUGAUGAACGGAUGAAGAAAUUAGUUAGCAUUGUAGCUGAUCAGCUGGAGAAGAACAGGUUACCUUCUGUGCAUCCUCAUCACAGCAUGCUAUAUCCUCUUUCUCAUGGAUUUAGGAAGGCUAUUGCUGAGAGACAUGGAAACCUCUGCUUGGACAAGAUCAAUGUCCUUCACAAGCCACCGUAUGAACAUCCAAAAGAUUUGAAAGUCAGUGAGGGUCGACUCCGGGUAGGAUAUGUGAGUUCUGACUUUGGAAAUCAUCCGACUUCCCAUCUCAUGCAAUCUAUUCCCGGGAUGCAUAACUCCGAUAAAUUCGAGGUGUUCUGUUAUGCCCUCAGCCCAGAUGAUGGCACAAACUUUCGUGUGAAAGUGAUGGCAGAAGCAAACCAUUUCAUCGACCUUUCUCAGAUUCCAUGUAAUGGGAAAGCAGCAGAUAGAAUUCAUCAGGAUGGGAUCCACAUCCUUGUGAACAUGAAUGGCUAUACCAAGGGUGCACGCAAUGAACUCUUUGCUCUGCGGCCAGCUCCCAUUCAGGCAAUGUGGCUGGGAUACCCUGGGACUAGUGGUGCACUUUUCAUGGACUAUAUUAUCACAGAUCAGGAAACUUCUCCAGCAGAGGUUGCUGAGCAAUACUCGGAGAAAUUGGCUUAUAUGCCCAACACUUUCUUUAUUGGUGAUCAUGCCAACAUGUUUCCUCACUUGAAGAAAAAAGCUGUCAUUGAUUUCAAAUCCAACGGACACAUUUAUGACAACCGGAUUGUCCUGAAUGGCAUCGACCUCAAGGCCUUUCUAGAUAGUCUUCCCGAUGUCAAGAUUGUUAAGAUGAAGUGCCCUGAUGCAGGAGACAACGCAGACAGCAACGCAGCUCUCAGUAUGCCCGUCAUUCCCAUGAAUACUAUUGCGGAAGCUGUGAUUGAAAUGAUCAACAGAGGACAGAUUCAAAUAACAAUCAACGGAUUCAAUAUUAGCAACGGACUAGCGACCACUCAGAUAAACAACAAAGCUGCAACAGGAGAGGAGGUUCCCCGCACCAUUAUUGUUACCACUCGUUCUCAGUAUGGCUUACCAGAAGAUGCCAUUGUGUACUGUAAUUUUAACCAGCUGUAUAAAAUCGACCCUUCCACCCUGCAGAUGUGGGCUAAUAUUCUGAAGCGGGUUCCCAACAGUGUGCUGUGGCUGUUGCGUUUCCCAGCCGUAGGAGAACCCAAUAUUCAGCAGUAUGCCCAGAACAUGGGCCUUCCCCAGAAUCGGAUCAUCUUUUCUCCAGUUGCUCCAAAGGAGGAGCAUGUGAGGCGAGGUCAGCUAGCUGAUGUCUGCCUAGAUACCCCACUCUGCAACGGGCACACCACUGGCAUGGACGUGCUGUGGGCAGGAACCCCCAUGGUGACUAUGCCAGGAGAGACUCUCGCUUCCCGGGUUGCUGCCUCUCAGCUCACUUGCCUCGGUUGCCUUGAGCUUAUUGCAAAAAAUAGGCAAGAGUAUGAAGAUAUUGCUGUGAAACUGGGGACUGAUCUAGAAUACCUGAAGAAAAUCCGUGGCAAAGUCUGGAAGCAGAGAAUAUCCAGCCCUCUUUUCAACACCAAACAGUACACAAUGGAACUAGAACGCCUUUACCUUCAAAUGUGGGAUCACUAUGCAGCUGGAAACAAACCAGACCACAUGAUUAAGCCGGUUGAGGCCACAGAGUCGGCAUAAAAGAUUCAGUACACAUAGGAGAAUUAUCCCAAGGCAUGAGUCUCUCAAGCCUCUGUUGCAAAGGAAAAGGGAACUAGAGACCCCUACAUUUCUACAUAUCUGCUCAAUGCCAUGUGACGUACACAAUGGUAAUAAAUAGCACAGCAAGCCUACUUCCUGCACAAUAGGGAGAGACAGUUAAGAUGGGAAACUGCUAUUCCACAAGGAAUCUGCAUACAGUUCAGCAGUGCCCACAGGUGCUGUGUAGGUAUGGAAGACGUGAUUGAAUUGGAAUGCUUGGUGUAGGGGAGAGAGAUUUGCCCAGCCACUUGCAAUUCUAUGGAUUGAUUGAGUCUUCUAUGAAUUAUUUUUUUCUUUCUUAUAUUGGGAAUUGGAGCUUUUAAAAAUGUUUAAUUUCAGGUAUUCCCAUUGGCGUGUGUGAUUCUCUUCCAGGAUUAAGUUUCCAGCUAAACUUUUCCAGCUAAACAUUUCCAGCUAAAAUGUUCUUUACUCCAUGACCUUUCAGCUUUUGAGCCACAGAUUAAAAGGGCAUCUUUGCUGGUAUAGGCUUUUUAUAGGUUUUAUAAACCGCUUGAGUCUAUGUCAGCCUUGUAGUGUCUGACCUGUUGAUUGGAGCUGUUUGUGCUGUUGGUUUUGAUGAUGACUUUUUGUUCUGUAUUUUUGUUUUGUCCCUCUUCCCCCUUCCCCCCCUCCUCCCCACUCAGUCUUCCACUACUUCUUGGUUUUUGUUAAGAAAAAGAAAAAGAAAAAAAAAAAAGGAAAAAGAAUAACAAAACAAAACAAAAAAACAUAAAACAAAAACAAACCAAAAAAAAACAUAAAAAAAGACAAAACAAAAAAAACACACCACAACCCUUCCUGAGAAUCAUUUAAUUGGCUUCUUUGGCAGGAAAACCAGACUUAGGAUUUCACACAUAUUCUCAAAGUGUUUACUUUAAACACACUGGUGCCAAAUGCCAGUUUUUUAAAAAAAAAAUGAUUAUUAAUUAUGUAAAGACAGUCGUGGUACUGUUUCACAGAAUAAAUCAUUUUUGUUUUCUAAGUUUUGCCCCCCCUUUUCCAGCAUUUUACUGUUGUCAGAAAGUUAUAGUGUGCGCAACAUUUUGGCUCCAUUUUGAUGGUUUAGAUUUUUCUUGAAAUUUUCCUUGUUCUUCCUAUUUCUUUUAGCAGAAAUGAAAGCCCAGGUAAGUAUUCAGUCAUUUCAUUCAAUAAGUCAUGAUUGCCUCCAAUACAUUCGAUCAGUUUCAUUCAGAAAUCGUGUCGUGCCAGAAGCUCUGCAGGGCCACUGCAGAUGACCUUUCAAGGCAUUGCACAAAACGGUCUUUCCAUCCGAACUUUCAAGUAUGUGAUGUACAGAUUUUGCCUCAACAGUGGCUUGACUGCAUUGCUACUUGAAUUACGUAUCGGACCCCAGCGCUGCUAGUGCUGGAAGUGUCUUCUGGGAAAACUCCAGGAAUAGAAAUAUUCCCGAAUUUCAACAAAGGGCUUGAAGUUUAAAAUAAGCCAACAUAAGAGUGUAUAUCAUGUGUAGCUGUUCUGUUUUUAUUGCUACUCGGUAAGAAGUAAGUAUUUGUCUGCUAGCAGUGCUGCUUGCAGGUGACCGAUGGUGGCCAAGGCCCGGGGUUUGCUUCACCUGUUCUGUGGCGGCUCAUGCUUUGACUGGCUCCUAGCUGACAAAUUCUUGAUUAAAUCACUGUCAGAGACUCGGGGCUCUGACAGAAUCUGAACAGGAACCCUCAGAAUUCUGAAGCCAGAAUUUCUUAGGUAUAAACUGCUCCUUUUAGCAGUUUGGGAACUCCUUAAUUUAUUUUUCACCUUUUCCAAUCAUUAAAGGAUGUCAGGACAUUGCCAUGAAUGAUGCUUUCAGUUCACAGAUUGCCGAAAAUGGAUUAGAAUCAAAACUGUCCCUUUCUGAUGCCCUGGAGGCUGAGAGCUCCAGCCAUUUCACAUAGCACAUCACUCCUGCAUUGGAGGAAUGUUUUUCCUGGUGUGGAAAGUAUCUGCUGUGGUUGAAGCUUUGCUUAAUGUAACAAAAGAGGUUUUUGUUUCCAGGUAACGGGUCUGAGGAAGACUUAAUUCUGAAUAGAAACAUAGCUAUUACUGGAAACUAAUUUGUCUUUUCUAUUGUAUUCCGCUUUAUCAAAAACAGUAAAAUUAUUUAAAUUGUGCUACAGAAAUUCAAAUAUUGUCUUGCAGUCUUUAAACAAUAAACAGAAACAUUUUCCUCU